AUGCGCAGAAGCGCUCUGGCCUACGUGCUGCGCAGCAGCAUCCCGCUCCUCGCAACUCCCGCUUUCCUAGAGUAUGUAAAGCACAUGCGCAACAUUGGUAUCAGUGCUCACAUUGAUAGCGGCAAAACAACGCUGAGCGAGCGCAUUCUCUUCUACUCCGGUCGCAUCGGAAAGAUCCACGAGGUGAAAGGCGGCACCGAAGUCGGCGCCACAAUGGACUCCAUGGAGCUAGAGAAGGAGCGCGGCAUCACUAUUCGCUCCGCUGCGACGCAGUGUCGCUGGAAGAGCAGCACCAUCAACAUCAUCGAUACCCCCGGUCAUGUCGACUUCACCAUCGAAGUGGAGCGCGCCCUUCGCGUGCUGGACGGCGCUAUCCUGCUCAUGUGCGCCGUUGGCGGUGUGCAGAGCCAGACGCUGACGGUGGAUCGUCAGAUGAAGAGGUACGGGGUACCGCGCAUCUGCUUCAUUAACAAGCUUGAUCGCGACAACGCGAACCCACAACGGGCACUAAAGCAAGCGCAGGAGCGUCUGGGCAUCAACGCCUUCUUUAUCCAGCUGAACAUGGGCAUUGCACAGGACUUUGAAGGCGUCGUCGACCUCAUCGAUGAGAAGGCCAUUUAUUUUGACGGCCCUUUUGGUGAGACCAUCCGUUACGAGCCGGUGCCGAGCUACCUCAAGGAGGACGUGAACGCCGCACGCAAGGAGCUCGUGAGCCGCCUAGCCGAGUGCGACGAGGAAAUGGAGUCUAUCUUUCUCAAUGACCAGGAGCCGACAGCUGCGCAGAUCCAUGCUGCCAUUCGCCGCGCUACCAUCGCCAAUAAGUUUGUGCCCGUGAUGGUCGGUUCGGCAUACCGGAACAAAGGCGUGCAGCUGCUCCUGGACGCGGUGGAGCGCUACCUGCCGUCACCAGAGGAGCGCCACAACUCCGGCUAUCGGGUGAAGCGUGUCAAGGACGAGGACGGUAACGUGUCGAACGUGAAGGAUGGCGAGGUGGCGCUGCUGACGGAUGACGAGAAGCCGCUGGUGGCUCUCGUUUUCAAGAUCGAGGAAACAAAGAAGUCGGGGCUGUCCAACUACGUGCGAGUGUACCAGGGGAAGAUGCGGAAGGAACACUUGAUGAAUAUCCGCACCGGCAAGAACUUCUUGCCGCCAAAGCUUGUGCGCAUGCAUGCGGAUAGCGCCGAGGUUGUGGACGAGGUACGCGCUGGUGACAUUUGUGCCAUUCAGGGUGAGGUGGACGCGUCCUCAGGUGACACUCUAAUGAAGGCCGGACCGCAGUCUGGAUCGCAGCUUUUUUCGUGCGAGGACAUGUACGUCCCGCCGCGCGUCAUCUCGGCCUCACUCAGGACGAAGGAUGACAAGGAGCAUUCCAGGGUACGGGAGCGUAUGCUCGCCUUCAUGCGAGAAGACCCCACAUUUGUGUACUACCGCAACUCAGAGACGAACGAGGACAUUGUAGAGGGCAUGGGUGAGCUGCACCUUGACAUUUAUGUCGAGCGGCUGAAGCGAGAAUACGGACUGCAGGUGGAACUCGGCAAACCAACGGUCAACUACCGCGAGAUUAUCACGAAGCGGCAGGAGUUCGACUUUGUCUUCAAGCGGCAAAGCGGAGGUGCGGGCCAGUGGGCGCAUCUGAAGGGCUACGUCGAGCCGCUGCCAAUCGAUAUGUCGGUCGAGAAGGGCGUCAAGAACAAAGCGACGACACGCUGCUCGAACGGUGACAUCCGUGAGUCGCUGCAGAAGACGGUGGUGAAGCAGCUGGAGCGCAAGAUUUUCGUGAAGGGUGAGCUGAUGCACGCACCUGUUUGGGGGGUGCACUUCCACUUGAGCGGUGGCGCCAUGCACGAGGUGGACUCGAACGAUCAGGCCUUCAAGAACGCGACACAGGAGCUGUGGGAGACGCUGCUGCCGAAGCUGAAGCCGACACUUGUGGAGCCAUUCAUGGAUGUUGAGAUGACAGUGCCUGCGACGAACAUGACUGAUGUGGCGACCGAGUUCUCAAAGCGAGAGGGUGUGGUGACCGAGACCACUGUAAAUGGUCCUGAUGCAGUGAUCCGUGGGGAAACGGCACUGGACACCAUGUUCGGCUUUAUUUCUGACCUUCGACGACUCACGAAGGGUCAGGGUGACUUUAGCAUGCAGUUUAAGGAAUAUCGGCCGAUGCAGCAGUACAAGGCGCAAAUGCGAAUGGAUGAGCGCAAUAGUGAUCUUGGUCGCAAGUCUUUCAAGCUUCCGGACUAA